CUAACUUUGCACUUUAGAUUCAUGUGUUACAGUCGUUUAUUUUUAUUCUUAGUGAGCCUUUGUUUUACAGGAGUUACUCCAUAUCUUCUCUAUAUCGAAGCUUAUCGUUCACAUUGUAAAGUAAUGACAGACUCCAGUACAUUUGAAUAACUUGGUAAAGCAUUUUUAAUAGAUAUUCCAACUACCUUGUUAUUGAAUAUACUCUGCUAAAGAUUAGUCUAGGCUAGUUGGAUGAUCAACAUGUGAUUCACUAUUCAACAAAUGGUUUGUUGGUUCCGUUUGCAUGAACCUUGGGAAUGUAGCUGUUAAAUGCAACCUGGAACUUUAUUUAAGCUUUUGGUGUGAUGUGCAAGGCAUUAUAUGUGAUUGCAACGAUACCACACAUCCACAUUCCAGCAUUUGCUUAUAUUAACCCUUAAGUAUAUUGAGAAAAGGGAUAAAUUGUCUUCAGUUGGUAUAAUCUACCAUAGCUUCUUGAUGAUGUUAAGUGUGUGCAUACUGUAUACUUGUCAUUUGUCAACAACAACAAAGCAUUCUAGUGUCAAGCAAGUUGGGAUAGGCUAGAGGUGAAGCUCAGCAUGAGCUACCAACAAAAAGGGAAACACUGUUAAAUAUAUGUGGUUGGCUGGAGAAGGCACUAAUGAUAUCAGUAUUGCUAGGGGAUCUACAUGCCUUGCAUUUAAAUAUGUGUUUUUGAAAAAAAGGUCCUCCACUCCAUGUUUUUCUUUCAGGGUGUACAUGUUAAGGUACUAUGGUCCGUGAUCAGUCUUGAAAAGACAUACUUAAUUUGUUAUCCUGACCCUAUUCAGCAACAUAAUAAGCUGUGUUGCGUGCUAAUUGCAGCAUUGCAAAUCACAAAAUUCACAUCGGGUGUGUUUAGAUGAGCAGUUAAUGGGCUAGACAGGCUCUAGGAAUGCAGCCAUGCUUGCUGGAAACGCUCACGGCAAGCGUUAUCAUGGAGCCAGUCUCUGGGAUGCUCAUGUCCGAUGCAUGGAUCCUACGAUUCCUACCCAGGCUUACUGGAAACACUCAUGGCGAGCGUUGUCAUGGAGCCAGUCUCUGGGGUGCUCAUGCCCGAUGCUGACGGCGAGCGUUAUCAAUUAUCAUGGAGCUGUCUCUGGGAUCGUUGCAACUCUACCCCUGUCUGUGUCCAAGCCGCUUGAGGAGAGGAGAACCUACAUCUGUUGCUGUGGAUGGUUUUGUUCAAAAGAAGGCCACAAGGGGAAGGGGAAGGGGAAGGCGCUGUUGGUGACGGUGAGUACGAGCCUACGAGGUGACAUGGCCUCUGAUAGUUCCUGCAUAUCUGAGGUGGCCAGGUUUAAAGUUGUGCCUCUCCGUUCAUGGUGCCUGAGAUCUGGUGGUGCUCGCUGGAUGGGAUUAUUGGUUGCAGGUUUGCAGGGCCCUUCCUCUUCUCCCUCUUGUAGUGCUUGCGCACUGGAUUGGUGCUGUAAUCCUCCCCUUCCCUCUGUAGCUUUGCUUUUUUUAGUCAUGCUUUGUUUUCCUGAAUCUUGAGAUUGGAUUAAAUGGUCUGAUACAGGAGAUAUGCUCAUAUAUGGUGAGUGUUCGUUUCUGUCAGAUUACAUGUGUUUUUUUCUUCAAUUUUUCCAUGCCUUUCUAUACUUUGUAUACAAUUUUGCCCACAAGAAGAAUAAGGUGAUGACAGUGUGUCGCAAACUAUGACGUCCAACGAAUAAAAAGGACUUGUCUUACUUUUGUCAUCUGCUUUCAUAUCAAUAUAUCGUAUCAGUUUAUAUUGAAGUGAGCAACUCUUGGACAGUCGGCCAUAAACUGUUUCAGACUUGAAGGGAGCUUGCCUUGAACUGUUCCAGGGCUGAAGCAAUUCAAUCAUACAAUUGUUUUUUUUUUAUGAUCGUAAUGUGCAACAAGAGAGUAGAGUGUUCUCGUUCAACCAUGUACUGGGACUAGCAGUACCGGAUCGGCUCCAACCAUGUUUUAACUGAAUUUGUUUUCUUGUUUAGCCGAAUCUUGUCGGCGAUGCUUAUACAUGUGAAUGCUGCAUUUCUUAGGUCCUAGGAUGCAUGUGAUCUGAAUAAGGUCGUUUCGUAUGGUCCCGUGGUUAGGUGUCAAACGACUCCAGAUAUGCAUGCGGUGCAUUCAGCUGUCCCAGGUCGGAACAAAGGUUGAUCAGGGAUGCAGGAUCGGUCAGUAGUGGCUGGAACUCUCUUGCGCUGCUGCCGACGCCCCCUUGUGCGUCUUGCAUUGGUAUCUCACGACCUUCUCAGCCGAAAGGCACAUCUUAUCCCAAUCAACCUGCUGCCACAGUGGCGAGAAUGGAAUCGUUCGAAGGCAACAAACUCUAGUGGUUAGGAUACAGCUCAUGCAUGGAGCUCGGCGGUACCGCAAUGUCGCUGCUGCUGCUGCUCGUGCUCGUGCUCACUGUGUCGCCAUGGCAGGCCGCCGGGGCGGCGGGAGGCGGCAGGCCGCGGGUGCCGGCCAUCCUGGUGUUCGGCGACUCCAUCGUCGACACGGGCAACAACAACGCCGUCCUCACGCUCACCAAGUCCAACUUCAGGCCAUACGGCAAGGACCUCAACGGCGGCGUCCCCACCGGCCGCUUCUCCAACGGCCGGAUUCCGACGGACUUCGUAGCUUCACGGCUCGGCUUGAAAGACCUGGUUCCGGCGUAUCUUGGCACUGACCUUACCGACGACGACCUCUGCACUGGCGUCAGCUUCGCUUCUGGGGGCACCGGCUACGACCCCCUCACCUCCACUCUCGUGGCGGUCCUGCCGAUGCAGGAGGAGCUCAACAUGUUCGCCGAGUACAAGGAGAAGCUCGCAGGGGUCGUCGGAGAUGCGGCCGCCGCGGGGAUCGUCGCCGACAGCCUGUUCCUUGUCUGCGCCGGCACCGACGACAUCGCCAACAACUACUACCUCGCCCCUGUCAGACCUCUGCAGUACGACAUCUCAGCAUACGUGGAUUUCCUCGUUGAGCAGGCUUGCGACUUCAUGAGGCAACUGUACCAGCAAGGGGCCAGGAGGAUCGCGAUCCUGGGGAUGCCGCCGGUCGGGUGCGUGCCGUUGCAGCGGACCCUCGCCGGCGGCCUCGCCAGGGACUGCGACCCGGCUCGCAACCACGCGGCGCAGCUGUACAACUCCAGGCUGAAGGAGGAGAUCGCGCGGCUCCAGGAGGAGCUGCAGUGCCAGAAGAUCGGCUACGUCGACAUCUACGACAUCCUGCAGGACAUGAUCACGAACCCCUGCAAAUACGGCUUCGAGGUGUCGACGAGAGGAUGCUGCGGCACCGGGGAGUUCGAGGUGUCGCUGCUGUGCAACCAGGUGACGGCGACGACGUGCCCCGACGACCGGAAGUAUGUGUUCUGGGACAGCUUUCAUCCUACCGAGAGAGCAUACGAGAUUAUCGUGGACUACCUGUUCCCAAGAUACGUAGAGAACCUACUAUGAAUUGUUCCUGCUUGGCAUCGCUUAUUUCAUUUGUUUCUUGUCCUAGUUAUAUGGUGUAUGUUUAAACUCAACUGGCUCUGGCAUUUUUGUUCCAACUGCUGGUUAUCUACAUUUGUUGUCUUAUGAGCAGAGGAAACCAAUAAAAUAGGUCCUAGAGCAAAAGCUCAAUUGCAGGGAGUUUAGUGUUGUAUCAGUCCAGGCGACCUCUCUCGCCGAUAUUGUUCGUAUUGAUCAUGGAGGUGCUUAA